GUUUUCUCUUGCUGGUUUCAUUAGUUUCCUUUGAUUGCCGAUCGGAGGGGGUGGAAGUCGCCCCGGCCAGGCCACGGGCUAUCAGUCUCUAUUGAGAGUUUUUUCCAACCCCCCCCCCCUUCUUCUUCUUUAAAUACAAGUGAGUUUGGAGAAAAGAAAGAGGGGGAGAGGGGGGCAGAGCCACUUUUUUCGGCGCAGGAAAAGGUUCGCAGGGCAUUUAGACGAGCCGCCGCGCCGCGCCCGGUCUCUCCCCGCCCGGGAGACCUGCGCCCUGCCCAUUUUACAGGCGACGGUCUCGGGGGUACAGAGAGCGAGCUUUUCCUCCUGGGCAGACUGCAGAUUUUCCCUCGUCCCCUUAAAAAAUCCCGCAGUCCGCCUUGCCUUCCAGGUACGUUGAACCCGUCUCAUUUUUUUUUUUUUUUUUUACUAUUGUAGAUAAUUAUUUUUUUAAAAUAAAGAAAAUUAAAAGAACAGCGGGAAGAGCAAGUGAGCCAGCCUUCUAGCUUGACCGCUUUGGGCCCGGGAGACACAGCCCAGGAGGGGUGUCUGGGGGCCGGGACGGGAUUUUCGAGACUCUUUCUGGAUUACACGGGGAGCGCUUUAAAAAGCAAUGCGAUCAUCCCCCCCGGGCUUCUCGGCGAAGGAAGCUCCUCUCGCCCGAAUCUGGACUUUGGCUCGCUUGCUUGUUUCGAAGCGCCCGGGGCCUCGGGGGCACGGGAGUGUCGUUUAGGAAGAACCGCGGUUGGGAUCGACUCCUCUGGCCAUGCUCGCGGCUACCUGUAACAAGAUCGGCAGCCCCAGCCCGUCGCCCUCCUCCCUCUCGGACAGCUCCUCUUCCUUCGGCAAGGGCUUCCACCCCUGGAAACGUUCCUCGUCGUCCUCCUCCGGCAGCUGCAAUGUAGUGGGUUCCAGCCUCUCGAGCUUCGGCGUGUCGGGGGCCUCCCGGAACGGCGGCUCGUCCUCGGCCGCGGCGGCGGCGGCGGCGGCGGCGGCUGCGGCCGCGGCCCUGGUGUCGGACUCGUUCAGCUGCGGCGGCUCGCCGGGCUCCAGCGCCUUCUCCCUGACCUCCAGCAGCGCCGCCGCCGCCGCCGCCGCCGCCGCGGCCGCCGCCUCCACCUCGCCCUUCGCCAACGACUACUCGGUUUUCCCAGCCCCGGGCGUCUCCGGGGGCAGCGGCGGCGGGGGCGGCGGCGGCGGCGGCGGCUCCUCGGCGCACUCGCAGGACGGCUCCCACCAGCCCGUGUUCAUCUCCAAGGUGCACACCUCGGUGGACGGGCUGCAGGGCAUCUACCCGCGCGUGGGCAUGGCGCACCCUUACGAGUCGUGGUUCAAGCCCUCGCACCCGGGCCUGGGCGCCGCCGGCGACGUGGGCUCGGCCGGCGCCUCCAGCUGGUGGGACGUGGGCGCGGGCUGGAUCGACGUGCAGAACCCGAACGGCGCGGCGGCGUUGCCGGGCUCGCUGCACCCGGCCGCCGGGGGGCUCCAAACCUCGCUGCAUUCGCCCCUCGGGGGCUACAACUCGGAUUACUCGGGCCUGAGCCACUCCGCCUUCAGCAGCGGCGCCUCCUCGCACCUGCUCAGCCCCGCCGGGCAGCACCUCAUGGACGGCUUCAAGCCGGUGCUGCCCGGCUCCUACCCCGACUCGGCCCCGUCGCCGCUGGCCGGCGCGGGGGGCUCCAUGCUGAGCGCGGGGCCGUCGGCGCCGCUCGGGGGCUCCCCCCGCUCCUCCGCCCGCCGCUACUCGGGCCGCGCCACCUGCGACUGCCCCAACUGCCAGGAGGCGGAGCGGCUGGGCCCGGCGGGGGCGAGCCUGCGGCGCAAGGGCCUGCACAGCUGCCACAUCCCGGGCUGCGGCAAGGUGUACGGCAAGACGUCGCACCUCAAGGCGCACCUGCGCUGGCACACGGGCGAGCGGCCCUUCGUGUGCAACUGGCUCUUCUGCGGCAAGCGCUUCACGCGCUCCGACGAGCUGCAGCGGCACCUGCGGACCCACACGGGCGAGAAGCGCUUCGCCUGCCCCGUCUGCAACAAGCGCUUCAUGCGCAGCGACCACCUCAGCAAGCACGUGAAGACGCACAGCGGCGGCGGCGGCUCCGCGGGCUCCGGCAGCGGCGGCAAGAAGGGCAGCGACACCGACAGCGAGCACAGCGCCGCGGGCAGCCCGCCCUGCCACUCCCCGGAGCUGCUGCAGCCCCCCGAGCCCGGGCACCGCAACGGCCUGGAGUGACGCGCACCCCGCGCCGGUCCCUCCCCUUGACCUCCUCCCACCCCGCUCCGCCUGGUCCCGUCUGUCCCGGCCUCCGCGCCAGCCUCUCUGUCCCUCUAGUCUAACUCCCCCUGGGACCUAACUCUGUAAAGGGCAUGUGGACAUGUAAGUAACACGCAUUGCCGGCCGGGGCCCUGGCUUUCCCUCUCCACCCGGGGACACCGUCGGAGGCCCGCACAGCCCGAACGCGCGCCUCGUCCGGCCUUAAUCCUCGUCCUCCCUUUGUCCCCCUCCCUCCCUCCCUCCCUCCAUCCCCUUGUGUGAAGGGCCUUCUGGAGGGAAGCGCCCUGGAUGGAGAGCUGAACGAUUCCAAGGGCCUGGGAGACAGGCCUGCGCCGGGGCCGGAGCAGUUCGGUGGAACCAGGUUGAGCUCGGGCUGGGGAGGGCGAGGCAGGAGGCCCGCGCGGGGCAUCCCCGCCGGGGCGGCCGCGGACUCGGCGCCCGAACGCCCGCCCUGCGCCGCGCGGUGCGAGCUCUGUGCGGGCGCCCUUCCGUCCGCGCCGAGACGCGGAGUUUGCUGAAUUCAGUGUCCCACCUUCAGUUCUGCCCCCGCUUCAGCUCUGCCCCUUUUUCUUUGUUCCCUGAGUUGGAACCGAUUUAACUUUCAACUAAGGGCAGUCUGGUGAAUCCUACAGCAGCCUUCUUUCAUCUCUAUAACAUUUUUAAAACUAAAAACCUAAAGGAAAAAAGAAAAAAAGGCAUCCCUUCACUUGGUUUCCCGCCUAGAUAGCUUUUCCUCUAGCAGUGAGCAAGUCUUUCUCUCAAAACUGUGCUAAUACUGAUCCCAAAGUUAUUUUGAUCGAAUUAAUUUAACUUAUGGGGUGGGGGUGGGGUGAGGGUAGGUGUCUUUCUUAUGCAAAAAUACCCCUUUCCGGUGAGAACAGAUUCUCUAUCUCCAUGUUUGUCCUUUUCUACCUCGUUUUUCACUACCCCCGAGCCUAAUCCCCCCCCUUUUUUUUGCUAGUCCAGACAUCAAUUUGUAUAGAACCCAUAUCUGUAAAUCCUUGCAAUCCAUUGGAAACUUUUUUGUGUGAUUUAAACUUAUAAACAAGUGAAGAAGCUAUCGUUGAUAUCAGACGAGGCUGUAGUUUAAAUUUAAAUGCCCAAAGAGGGAAAGUAGGGGGAGGGGAAACACCUUUGUAAAAUAUAUCUGAACCUAAUGGUUUGUACCCCAGGAGAAUCGUUCUAGAUUAGUUACCAAUUAACUAUAACCCCACCAGCGUAUGGGUGCGAGGUGCAGCUGUCCAGGAGACGAUUUUGUAUAGUAUUUUUCUUGUACAUUACUUCCAGUAAAUAUUUGAAAAUAUAUCGAAGUAAACUUGAUUUUUUUGGUUACAAGAAAAUAUUAAGAGUUAUUGUUGCAGUUCUGAAGACUGCAGGGUUUUUGAACUCACUUCUGGAGGUGCAGAGCCACAAACGCACUUUCAGGGCCUAGUGUUGCUCGAAUAUUAAUUUAGAUAGCGAUCAAACUGUAAUUAAGACAAUAUUUGAUAAAUGUGGGGUGACAUUUAAUUUAAUGGAGCAUGUACUUAUUUGCAUUUGCUGGCAGUUCAGGUAUAGUUAAAGUGAGAGUUCUCCUAUAUUUCAUAACUGGGUUUGCCAAAACCCAUGUAUUAAAUAAAUUGUCCAAGUGAAACUCAACUAAGUUUGGCCUUUGUGUAUUUCCUGAAGGUAAUAUUGUUAACUGUUAACAAACACUCCUGACACUACAUUUAAAUGUUUGCAAAUUCUGCAAACUAAUUGCUCAUUGUAAUGUUGAAAUAAUUUGGAUAUUUCACAUUGAAAUGAAAAGCCUUUCUCUAGAACAUUUUAGACUUGCAUUUUAAAUGCAUGAGAUGUAACUGAUUUAUUUGUAAUAUUUUAAAUGGUAUUAAUAAACUCAGAUAAAAGACUAGGCCAGUUAAUUUGUAUUUUUUCCUGUUUAAACUAUGGACAUUUGCAUUUUGUUUUCAGUUAAAUGUCUAUUUAAACAAAAUAUAAUCCUGUUUUGUGGUAAUAUUUAAAUAAUCGCCUUUAAUAUUACUUAGAAUGAUUUAUUUGGCAAAACUGUUUUCUCUAUUUACCAAGAUGAAGAUUAUAGUGUCUAAGAAAUGUAAUUAAUUAUUUACCAGUAGAUUUAGCUCAAAGCAUCAGGAUUUACUGACCUCUUAAAAUUUGGACUAAUUCAACAAACAAUUCAAAGAAAUUUCCCGUUUUUGCUUCCUUCUCAUCCUCCAGAAGGACUCAGGUUGAUCGCAUUUGGUAUUUAAAAGGGCAAGACUUACACUGGAAGAUCAAUACAUCUAAAAUAAAAACAUGGGUUCGGGGAUAACUUCUGUUGUUAGGGGGUGGAGGAGGUCAAGCUAACAAAAGCUUGUUUUUGGCAUUCCAUGUCUUAGCUAAAGAUUAUGUAGAGGUAAAUAUCAGUAGUAGAUUCCUGCUGAAAUGAGUUAUCUGUUCUUUUAAAGUCUCUAAACAGCCACCAAAGAAAAGGAAGGUUAAACCUUAAUCUAUUUACUAGGCUAUUGUUCACAGGUGUCAAUGAUGCCAAUAAAAAAUUGUCUUGUUAUGUCUAAGUGCAUUUAAGCAAUGAGUUCCUUGAGCCAUACUUUGAAACAUAAAAAAAUUACUUUAAAUGUUGAUUGUUAUAUCAAACUAUUUCACUAUUAGAGUAAUAUUAUUUUGAAUCAAAUUGAAUAAAAAGUUAGUGUGUUCAGAUUCUUUUCAGUUUAGCUUCUUUCUUUCCGUUUGCAUUCCCCUCACCCCAAGUUCAGUCUUGGUGUAUAUCUCAAACUGAAAACCUUCCAUUGAAAGGUAUAUUAAGUCCUUAUUACCCAUAUAAACAAGUGGAAAUACAGAGUGCUAUGAAUAUUGUAAAUUUAGAAGGAAAAAUCAAUGAGGGGUAAAAUAUUUGAGGACAGUGCAGUUUGGGCUUCAGUAGCAGACUGUCUUGAUCCUGCUGUUUUGCAAAUAUUUGUGAUCUUCAAUCCCUAUGGUUUUAGGAAAGCAAGCUGCUCUGAUUCUUUGGUUUUAAGUAAAAUAGUCUCUUUCUGUCACUUUCUUCCUAGGAAUAACAUGCAGAACACAAUUUAAGUGUUGUUUCUUUUUUAUUGAAAGUUGCAGUGCUGAGGAGGAAACGGUUCUGAAGGAGUUAAAUGUAGUGGCAGGUAAGGAAAGCUGCUUGGUGCAUUUAUAAUAUCAGUUGCAUUACAUACAGAUCACAUUUGAUUUAAGAGGUGGAUGAUGGCAAAGGUAUUGUCUCUAGAAGAUGAUUUCUUGGGGGUGGUUGAUGGGGGAGGAUUUUUCUGUAGUGUAAGUGGAAAACUUUCACUUUCUUCCGCUCCUCCUUUCCCUUCUAGUGUUGGUGUAUUUUGUUGUGAUGACUAUUGAACAGUUUUUCUGGAUUGCUGUUCUGCAGGGUGGGCUGGGUUCCCUUUUGGGGAUGGAUGGUGGGUGAAUGCAGAAUUGUGAUUUCUCCCUGCCUUGUCGGUGAUAAAGCACCUCUAACAGUGCCUUGGAGGCUCACUCACAUGAAACCAAAUGCUGGGUUUCACUUUGAACCAAGGGACAAGCUUCCAGUCUUGCGGAUCAAGGUAGAGUUAAACUACUUGUUGACCCAGAGGUCAGGCCAGCGUAUAUCAGUCCAGUCUCAAUCCAGCCUUUCUGUUGACCUGUCUCAUUUCUUCCCCCAACUUCAGUGUUUCUUCCUCAUUCUGCUUUCUCCUUUUCUGGCUCAACUUCUCUGAGGAUGUUCUCUUUCCCUUUGGGACGUACAUGACUGAUUUGUUGAGGCUGGACUGUCAAGGAACAUAUUUUAUGAUAGAAAUUUAAUUUAAGCAAAUGUGAUGAGUUACUUACUCUCCUAUUAUCAACUGCUCUUUGAAAAAGUUCCUGGAUGGAUUUGCUUUUCUUCCACUGUCCUCUUACUCCAAUCUUGGUAUAACUUCUCAACUGAGUUUCCCUGAUGGAGAGACUGCUGAAAUUAAGAAUUAAAGACAAGCAGGUGAUGAGACGGGACUCCUGAGUGGGCAGAUUGAUAAUCCUGCCAUCAAAAUUUUCAGCCCCCCUCAGAUCUUUUGGUGAGAUUCCAAAUGCAAUGUUACAGCAGGCCUGUGGAGGAAUUUCUUUAAAGUAAAUAUUUUAUUUUAGAGGACUAGCUAAAGGGUCAGAUGAUCCUUUAGGUUGGUAAAUUAAGGUAGGGACUUUAGAAGAAAGAAGUAUGGAUUUGAUUUUUCUCCUCUCACCUAAAAUGGUAGAGGUAAAUAUUAUAAUGAAAGAAGUUCUGCAUUUUUGCUCAAUUUUUCAUACAAAUAGCCUCAAAGGGGGGUUGAUUUGGUGCAGGUAAUUUGGGGGGAAAAAGGUUUUAUUUUCCUGCUGAGUUUUUCUUGCUUCUAUCCAAACGGGCAUUAUUAUUUCUCCCUAUACUCUUAAGAAAAAUUUAGGUAUGAUCAAGUCUCUUUUUAAAAACAUGAUUUCUACAGUUGUCUGCUCUUCUAAAAAAAAAUAGCCCAGUAGUUAAUUCUGUCACUGCAUUGAAAGAAAAUCAUGUUAAGAAGCAAAAGGCGUGAGGGGUGGACUAAAGCUUUGCUCGUUUUUAAGUUAGGACUGUUGUUCUGGGUGGCAUCUUUUGAAGACUUUGCUCCACACACAAUUGAUGCUGUUGUUGAAAAAAAAAAAAUAAGAUUCAGAAUGUGCUUGUGUCCUAUUUAUUCCCUGUUUCCGGAUUAAAGGGGAGCCGGUAAUUCCUCGCUCUCCUGGGCUCCGGCUGCCGCUUAAGGUGAUGCGCGCCAGUGGGCAUCGCUGUAGGUUCGCUGCACUCCCUGUGCACACAAGUGUUGAUUUGCUCUAGUCGGGGGGAGGGGGGUCUAUUUUCUCUGGUCCCUGGGCGCGUGUUUAAUUUAAUUUAAUUUUCUGCGGAGACUCCUGGCGGCGAGGAAGCAGCCAUCUACAUUUUGCUGCGGCUCCUAACGACGGCCGGGCUUUAAGAGCUCUGGGGACCGCGGGGAGCGUGGGGGUGACUGAGAAAGCAGGACUCAAGCGCCGGCGCCAAGCUGCCGCUUUCCACUGCGGUUCGAAGGCCGUUCUUUUAAGUCCUUUUCCCGGGGCUUCUUUUAAGCCCCCCACUCCCUAACUUUGCUUCUCAGGCCAGCACUCCUGCCGCGCGGCGGGGCCAGCGGCGGCGCCCUCUGCUUCUCUAGCGGCGCUCCUAGCUGAGGUCUGUCUGGACUGCCCGAAGUUCCCUCAUUUUCCUUGUCAGUGAAUUCAGGGGGAGCUUUUGAGCCCAGGGGAGCUCCCAGCCUUUCAAAACGCUGCCUCUUCUUUGCUCCUUUUCCCGCCCCGCUCCUCGACGUGCCAAGCAGGCUGCUCCCAGAAGGACCCCCGAGGCCCCCGGGAAGGGCUCCGAGUAGGCGAUGCGCACUGCCCGCGCACCCGCCCGCCCCGGUUUGCAGAGAAGUGCGGGGGAGCGGUCUGGGGUCUUCGCGGUCCACCUUGUGCUGCUGGGGCCAGCUCCCUGCGCACACAAAGGCGCCGCGGACAGCGAGCGCCACCCUGUGCCCCGCGCCUGCUCUGCAGCCUGCCCUGGGCGGGC